UAUAAGAGAUGGAUCUCCAGCUUCAAGCUUUGAUUGUGUACUCUACUUUUUCAUUGAUACUAAUUAAUAAACUUGCAGAGGUUUUGGCAACAAUGAACGUUCAAGUUUAUUUCACGGUCAUCUUUUUGGUGGCUUUGUCUUCCUCCCGGUUGAGUAUGGUUGGAGCGUCCCCCGGAUCGUUGUCAACGGCGAUUCUGAUGAGGGUUGAUCAGUCGGGUAAGGGAGAUUAUCAAAAAAUACAAGAUGCAAUUGAUGCCGUACCGUCUAACAACACAGAGGUUGUGUUCAUAUGGGUUAAGCCUGGAAUCUACAGAGAAAAGAUUGUAGUACCGGCCGACAAGCCCUUCAUAACGUUAAGUGGCACAAAAGCAACUACCACAAUAAUAACAUGGAACGAUACUGGCGAGAUAUUUGACUCCCCAACAUUUUCUGUACUGGCUACUGAUUUUGUGGGACGAUUUCUCACUAUUCAGAACACAUAUGGGGCUGGUGCAAAGGCAGUUGCAUUGAGGGUGUCAGCAGAUAGGGUGGCAUUCUUUGAGUGCAGGAUUCUUUCUCAUCAAGAUACCCUUCUGGAUGACACUGGCAGGCACUUCUACCGCAACUGUUUUAUCCAGGGAGACACAGACUUCAUUUGUGGAAAUGCUGCUUCUCUUUUUGAGAAAUGUCAUUUGCAUUCACUUUCGGAAGAAAGCGGGGCUAUCACAGCCCAGCGCCGGGAGUCGCCAGCAGAGGACACAGGCUUCAUCUUCUUGGGCUGCAAACUUACCGGCCUCAAAAGUGCCUUACUAGGACGGCCAUGGGGUGAUUAUUCAAGAGUUGUUUUUGCCUUCACUUACAUGUCUAAUGCGAUACUGCCUCAGGGAUGGGAUGAUUGGAGCGACACUUCCAAGCAAAGUACGGCGUUCUACGGGCAAUACAAGUGCUACGGGCCAGGAGCCAUAACUUCUAAAAGGGUUGAAUGGUCACGCAAUCUCACAAGCCAGGAAGCUGCGCCCUUCUUGACUAAGAACUUGAUUGGUGGCAACAGUUGGAUCAGGCCUGCCCCAACCCACUUCAAGAGAGCUUCUACCUCCAUCUCUAACAAUGCUAAUGGAAAUACCUAAUAAAACUUCUU